CCUCGGGUGCCAGUGAUGGUGUACAUCCACGGUGGUGGAUUCAUGAGUGGCAGCGGUAGUAGCUUGUUCUAUAAUCCGGAGUACUUCAUUCAGCAGGACGUGCUGGUCGUUACCAUCAACUACCGACUUGGGCCGCUCGGUUUUCUUAGCCUGCCAUCUGCUGGUAUCGCGGGCAAUGCGGGCCUCAAGGAUCAGUUACUUGCGUUGAAAUGGGUACAUGAAAACAUCGCUCAGUUCGGAGGCGAUCCUGGCAAUGUAACACUAUUUGGAGAAAGUGCCGGCAGUAUGUCAUCGUAUUUGCACUACCUAUCACCAAACUCGCAGAAGUACAUCCAUCGGGUAAUCUGCCAGAGCGGUGUAGCCGUCUCGGAUUCGUUCUUCCAGGUAGAACCGGAAGAGAAGGCUCGCAAGCUGGCACGAUUCUUCGGCUACACCGGUGACAGUGACCAAGGAGUCUUGGAAACGCUCGAAAAGGUACCAGCGAAAGAGCUGGCAAAACACCAAAACAUCGCGAUCAGCGAAGCCGAAAAGCAGCUCUCGCUGAUCUUCAUCUUCCGCCCAGUAGUCGAACAGCAGGUGACUGACGACAGCAUCAUCACGCAGCAUCCCCGCGACAUCCUUAAAACACACGAUGCCCUUCAAAUGCCCUUGCUCGAGGGAUGUAACAGCGGUGAAGGCAUCUUAGCUCUGCGUAGUCUCGGCAACCGUUGGCGUGCCUUUGGGCGGUCACCAGAGCGAUUCGUGCCGGUGUUGUUAGGUCGAUCACCAGACCUAGACCGGGUUGCUGUAGGCCGUGAGAUCCAGCGGUUCUAUUUCGGCGAUCGACCAGUAGACGAUCGUUCAAUCGACGCCAUGUGCGACGUGAUGUCGGACAACACGUUCAUCACUAACUCGGUCACCAAUGCCGAGUGGCUGGCGAGGUAUCAACGGAAUGUGCGUCACUUUCACUACCGUUUCACGUACGAUGGCCGGUUCAGUGUGCUGAAGCGCAUUUUCCUGCUUUCGAAUGUGACUGGUGCCUGCCACGCAGACGAUACGAUGUACAUGUUCAACCCGUGCUUUUUACCGACAGUGCCUGCUUCAAGUGACGAGUGCAAGGUGCGCAACAUCUUCAUCGCCCUCUGGACCAGUUUCGCCCGCCAUGGCGAUCCUACAGCUGUCGUACCAACUAAUCUGGUGCCGGUGAAGUGGCAACCAGUGGCCAAAGUCGGCCUCUACUCUCCGGACGACUUCACGCUUGAUUGCUUCCAGAUCGACACCGUGCCGCGGAUGGUAAAGAAUCCAGGUGCUGGUCGUAUCCAGCUGUGGCGUCGACUGCUCAAGAAAUACCGGCCCGACUACCUUUACACGAUCGCCUCAAACACGGUUGAGAAACGCUGCAUUAAGCGCCACCUCGCGCAUUGUUUGAUGAUACGAAAACAAACCGGCUCCAACCUUUACUCGAUCAGUCAGCUAGUCGAUCAGUGGAGCUUGUUUGCCAACAACAGCCCGUCAGUACACCGCCAGCUGAUCGUUCGACAAGGUCAGCUACGUGGUGUCAGUUCCACUCUACCGAAUGGUGGUCGAUAUCACUACUUCAAGGGCAUCCCGUAUGCGAAACCUCCGGUCGGGAGAUUGCGCUUUAAGGCCCCGGUUCCCCUUGAACGGUUCCGAAAACCGGUGCUCGAUUGCUACGCCGAACGAGCUGAUUCCAUUCAGUUCGAUUUCUUCUCUGGAUUUAUAUUCGGAUCCGAAUGUGGCCUGUACUUGAACGUAUACACGCCUCAGCUUCCAGAAGAGCCGCGUACGUACGGAUUUGCCGUUAUGGUGUUCCUUCACGGGGGAGGAUUUUCCUGUGGAAGCGGCAGCAGUCUAUUCUACAACCCAGAGUAUUUCCUCCAACGAGGAGUGAUCGUGGUAACCAUCAACUAUCGAUUAGGACCGUUCGGGUUCCUUCAUCUACCGGAGGCUGGUGUUGAGGGAAACGCUGGUCUGAAAGAUCAACUGAUGGCACUCCGGUGGAUCAACGAAAACAUCGCCCAGUUCGGAGGCGAUCCAAACAACGUGACGCUGUUUGGUGAAAGUGCUGGCAGUUUCUCGGUCUAUCUCCACAUGCUCUCACCGAACUCAAGCAAGUACUUCCACAGGGCUAUCUGCCAGAGUGGCGUCGUUUGUUCGAGCUCAUUCAUGCAAACCAACCCGCUCGAGAUGGCCUUCAAUCUGGCCCGGUACUUUGGCUACACCGGAGAGAGUCAGCAGGAAGCGCUAGAAACGCUGCAGCAAGUCCCACCGAAGCUGUUGGCUAAGCAUCAGCGUAAGGCACUAGGCCAGGAUAAUUACAAGCAGAGAGAUCUCGUGUUCGUGUUUUUGCCUGUCGUUGAGCAAACCCUUACCGAUGACUCGAUCAUAACGCAGAGCCCGGAGGUGAUACUAAAGUCCUAUGAUACCCUACGUAUGCCCUUACUUGAGGGUUGCAACGACGCUGAGGGCAUCCUCGGACUCUUCAUUCUGAAUCAGCAGAUCCGCAUCGGAGAUAUCCACCUUAUGCCGGAGCGUAUGUCGGCGAAGAUCUUCCCUCAGCUGUCCCCGGCCGAACGAACUGAACUGGCAAAAAAGGUAUGCCAGUUCUACUUCGCGGAUAGCCCACCAACCGCAUGGUCAGCCGAUCAGAUUAAACACCUGCUGACGGACACGAUCUUCUUGAUCGAUUCCACCAUCAACGCUGAGUGGUUGGCGCGGUAUCAACCAAAUUUGCGCCAUUAUCAUUACCGUUUCACAUUCGAUGGACGAUUUAGCUUGUUGAAGCGAUUGUUCCACAAAGCGAUCGUGUCCGGAGCCUGCCACGGGGACGACACGCUAUACAUGUUCAAUCCAAAAUUUCUGCCCAACCUUGGCCCGUCCAGCGAUGAAUGUCGAGUAAGGGACAACUUUGUCGCGCUCUGGACUAGCUUUGCCAAGCACGGUGACCCCUCCGUUGACUCCCGAGACAUCGUUGACGUUCAGUGGCGACCGGUGGAGAAGAUCAAGCGAGAUUCACACGACGACUUCCGGAUCAAUUGUCUCGAGAUCAAUGUUCAGCCCGCUAUGAUAGGCGACCCAUGUCAGGAGCGGACCCGUUUUUGGCGGAAUCUACUCAAAACUCAUCGGAAAGGCUUCCUGUGAGAAGUGGAAAGUUGUAUGAUCAUCGAGUACAUUUGUUGCAGGAUAGAGUAAUUUUUUAAAUA